UGUCAGGUGUCGUCCCAAGGAUAUGCUGCCGGGAGGAGUUUGACGUCGGGGAAGAUCGAGUCCUGGGUGGGGGAUAAGAGGUUAUCCAUCCAGAGUGUGCUCCACAAAGCACCCUCGCCUGUCCACGACUGGACUCACCACACAUUCUUUGCCUGGAUUCUUUGCCGGCGGUGAGGGGACGAUCCGGAGCUCAACUUCCAGAAGAAAGACGCCCCAGCAAACCUGUUUCGAGAAGCCCUUCAGCUGCACACCUCAUGGGCCAGACGGCCCUGGCAAGGGGCAGCAGCAGCACCCCCACCUCCCAGGCUCUGUACUCUGACUUCUCUCCUCCCGAGGGCUUGGAGGAGCUCCUAUCUGACCCCCUUCCUGAUCUAGGGGUCCAACGACGCCAUGGUUGGAACCCCAAGGAUUGCUCCGAGAACAUCGAUGUCAAGGAAGGGGGGCUGUGUUUUGAGCGGCGCCCUGUGGCCCAGAGCACUGAUGGGGUUCGGGGAAAGAGGGGCUACUCUAGAGGCCUGCAUGCCUGGGAAAUCAGCUGGCCCUUGGAGCAGAGGGGCACACACGCCGUGGUGGGCGUGGCCACCGCCCUAGCCCCGCUGCAGGCUGACCACUAUGCGGCGCUUUUGGGCAGCAACAGCGAGUCGUGGGGCUGGGAUAUUGGGCGGGGAAAAUUGUAUCAUCAGAGUAAGGGCCUUGAGGCCCCCCAGUACCCAGCCGGACCUCAAGGUGAGCAGCUGGUGGUGCCGGAGAAGCUGGUGGUGGUUCUCGACAUGGAGGAGGGUACUCUGGGCUACUCUAUUGGGGGCACCUACCUGGGACCAGCCUUCCGUGGACUGAAGGGCAGGACCCUCUAUCCCUCUGUAAGCGCUGUUUGGGGCCAGUGCCAGGUGCGCAUCCGCUACAUGGGCGAAAGAAGAGCGGAUGAACCGCAAUCCCUUCUGCACCUGAGCCGCUUGUGCGUGCGGCGCGCACUGGGGGAUACCCGGCUUGGCCAAAUAACCACACUACCUUUGCCCCCUGCCAUGAAGCGCUACCUGCUCUACAAAUGACUCUGUAGCACCAUAGUGUGCUGGCACCUUGCCACCAUCCCUACUGUAGGGACAGGUGGAGAGGCACCGCUGGCCUAAACACC